CUUAUGAUGUACGAAGAAUAUGAUGAUUCUCCUCUCUAAUUUAUCAAGUCUAUUCGAGUUUACUUGAAUGGAGAUUCUUCUAAGUACUUGGAUUUGAAGAUUGCAUAAAAUUCUAGUUGGAGUGACAUUUAAACUCAAUUAGACCAGAAAUUCGGAAAGUUUAAAGAAAUUAGGCUUUUUACAUAAUAAGGUGUAGAAAUCUUUCGAGAUGAUAUUAAAUUCUUUAAAGAUAACUAAUCAUUUUAUGCAUCUAGAGGAGGUACAAUAUUGUUAGAUGUUUAAUUUAUUAGAAGAGUUUGAUCCUCAUUCCCCAUUUUCUCAAUAUGAAACAAUAAAGAAACUAGGAGAAGGAGGGUUUGGAUGUGUAACAUUGGCCAGACAUCGAAUAACUGGAGAGCAAGUUGCAAUAAAGAUAAUCAAAAUGAUGGGGAAUGCUUAAGACAUAGAACUGAAUUUUAGAGAAGCAGAAGUAUUGAGAUCUUUGAGUCACAAGAACAUAGUAAAGGUUUUUAAUUCUUACGCAUUACAAAACACUUAAAUAGCUGUCAUUAUGGAAUUUUUAGAAGGAGGAGAAUUGGCUGAAAGAUUAAAAUAGAAAGGAAGGUUUCAAGAGGAAGAAGCAUGCAAAUAUUUAAGGUAGGUAGUUAGUGCAAUCUCUUAUUGUCAUCAGAAAAACGUUGUUCAUCGAGAUUUAAAAAUGGAAAAUUUACUAUUCUGCUCUCCUGAUUCUGAUGAACUCAAAGCUAUUGAUUUUGGAAUUGCAGGAAUCUAAUGUCCAACUAACAAUGAUCAUGUCAAUAUUGGAAGUCUCCAUUAUAUGGCACCUGAAAUCUUAGCAGGAAAAGUCACUAGAAUCAGUACUUCUGUCGAUAUUUGGGCGAUUGGCAUCAUACUUUAUAAAAUGCUUUUUGGCAAAGUUCCUUUUAAUGGAAAAUCUUAACAAGAUAUCGUUUUUAACAUAAUCAACAAAGAACUCAUAUUACCACCAAAUAAUUUUAGCGAAGAAGUUGUCAAUUUGCUCACUUUGAUGUUAGAAAAGAAUCACGAACAACGUCCUCGAAUUACAGAUGUAGAAUAUCAUCCCUGGAUUAACACUGAAAACAGAACACCACAACAAAAACAAAUGCUUCUCCAAAUACCUUCUGAUGGUAGUAUUCGCAAAUCCAGACCUUCUUUAAGUCCAAGACCAAGAAGUAAAUCACCUAAUCCUUCUGGAAUUGUAAAGCAUCCUAAUAUAUUUAAAUUAUGACAAUCAUG